UCUGACACGUAGCUUCCCAGAGAUCGAGGGUGAAGCGGGGAGGAAGAACCUCGCGACGGUGUGAGGAGGGCAGGCGAGGGGAGGGUCGUUGCCUCGCCAGGGAAGGAGGCUUCCAGGGAAGAUAGCAAUGUCUGGAUUUGAUAAUUUCAAUACAGAGUUCUAUCAGACAAGUUACAGUAUUGAUGAUCAAGCACAACAAUAUGGAGGAGAUGCUGGAGGAGGAGCAGCAUAUAGCAAGCAGUACGGUGGCUAUGAAUAUUCUCAGCAAGGUGGAUAUGUCCCUCCAGAGAUAAUGCAGCCUCAACAGCCGUACACUGGUCAAAUUUUUCAGCCAGCACCAGCAUACACACCAUCUUCAUCACAAUCUUUCUAUGGAAGCAAUUUUGAGGAUGAACCUCCGUUACUAGAAGAACUAGGAAUAAAUUUUGACCAUAUCUGGCAGAAGACUUUAACAGUACUGCAUCCAUUAAAAGCUGCAGAUGGCAACAUUAUGAAUGAAACUGAUCUGGCAGGGCCUAUGGUCUUCUGCCUAGCCUUUGGAGCCACCUUAUUGUUGGCUGGAAAAAUUCAGUUUGGCUAUGUAUAUGGAAUUAGUGCAAUUGGAUGUCUAGGAAUGUUCUGUCUCCUGAAUCUAAUGAGUAUGACAGGGGUCUCAUUUGGUUGUGUUGCAAGUGUCCUAGGAUAUUGUCUUCUUCCUAUGAUCAUACUUUCAAGCUUUGCAGUUGUAUUUUCCCUACAGGGCAUGAUGGGAAUUAUUCUUGCUGCUGGAAUUAUUGGCUGGUGUAGUUUUUCAGCCUCCAAGCUCUUCAUUUCAGCCUUAGCAAUGGAAGGACAACAACUUCUAGUAGCUUAUCCCUGUGCUUUAUUAUAUGGAGUCUUCGCCCUCAUUUCUGUGUUUUGAGCUGACUAUCUUAAUUAUUGGACUUAAAUGAGCCGAACUUAAAGCUUUUAUUUGGGAUGUUUAAACUGGGACCAGAAAUCAACUGUUGGGCUGCUGUCUUUCAAGAUUAAUAUUUGAAUUAUUGUCUGAAGCAACAAUAACAAAGUGUACUUUUUGUGUUUAUUUUUGUAGAACUCCUAAAUACAUUUUUACAUUGACCUGUAAACACUUCAGCUUUCAAACAAGCUAAUUAUGCUGUUUAAAAUGUAAAACUCUUUGGUCCUAUAACCUGCAAAAUGUUGUUUUUGAAAACUUUUGUAGUUCAGAAAUUUUUAUUGAUAAAAGUGAAAUCAUUAACUUCUUUUCCCACAGUAAUAUACAGCAACAAAUUUAAAAAACAGAUAAACAUUUCCCAUUUUAGCAACUUAGCAAAAUAGAACAUUUCUCACAAUAAUAUUUAAUCUGAAAGCAAACACAAAAUGGAUCCCAUAUAUAAUUUUUCAGCAUUUUUAUAAUCCUCUAUUUCCUUUUCUUUACAAUCCAAAUGGCUAUCCAGGCUCAAGUUAUUGUGUUUAUUUCAUUUUAUAUAUACUUUGUAAAUAGUUCUGUCAUCUUAUAUACAUGUGGGAAGGUGCUUUUUAUGCUAAAAUUGAGAAUUCCAGUAGUUCAUCAGAAGCAGCUUGUUUUAGAAAAUAGCUUUGACAAAUAUCAGUAUUGCAGUCUAGUAUAAAACAGAUAAAAUUUUCUCAAAAUGUUCUUACAACGUUUUUUCUUUUAGUAAUUCCCUUUACUGUAAUAUUGUCCAUUACAUAAUUGCUUAGGUAUUUAUUUGAAUAAAGAUUUAUUCCCACUGAGCAAACAUUGUUUAGAUCAUGGUGUAGCAGAAUCCAUCUUAUAUUUAAGCAGUUUUAACAACUAGUGUCAUGGCCAUCAAGAAACAUUGAAUUAGGAAUCCAGCCAUAAUGACAAAAACAACGAUUUAAUUGACAUGGAAACCGUGUUCAGCAUUAAAAAAUGCAGUAAUGACUUAUCUUUAGUGUUAGGGAAUAACAAAAUGAAAUGGCUAACAUAUGUUCUUUACAAACUUAUUUUAUUACAAAAGUAGAAAUUUUAAGUAUCAUUGAGCAAUACCGAUGAACAAAUACAGCAUUUUUAAAUACUUCCAACCCCCCAUCCCUAAUUUCUGCGGAGCUCUCCAUACUGUUUUCACACAGCUUAAGAGUUGCUGUCUUACCUUUUUAAUAAACAUCUUGUCAGAA